AUGGGAGGAGUCCGUGAAAAGAAAGCCGAAUACUUCGCUAAGCUAAGAGAAUACCUCGAGGAAUACAAGUCCGUGUUCGUCGUUGGUGUCGACAAUGUCUCUUCGCAACAAAUGCACGAGGUCAGAAAGACCUUGAGAGACCGUGCCGUCAUCCUCAUGGGUAAGAACACCAUGGUUAGACGUGCCAUCAGAGGUUUCUUGGCUGACUUGCCAGACUACGAAAAGCUGUUGCCUUUCGUCAGGGGUAACGUUGGUUUCGUUUUCACCAACGAAUCUCUAUCCGAGAUCAAGGACGUGAUUGUCUCCAACAAGGUUGCUGCCCCAGCCAAGGCCGGUGGUAUGGCCCCAGAAGACAUCUGGGUCAGAGCCGUCAACACUGGUAUGGAACCUGGUAAGACCUCUUUCUUCCAAGCCUUGGGUGUCCCAACCAAGAUUGCCAGAGGUACCAUUGAAAUUGUGUCUGACGUCAAGGUCGUCGAGUCCGGUAACAGGGUCGGUGCUUCCGAAGCCGCUUUGUUGAACUUGUUGAACAUCUCGCCUUUCACUUUCGGUUUGACUGUUGUGCAAGUCUACGACAACGGUCAAGUGUUCCCAGCCACCAUCUUGGACAUCACCGACGAAGAGCUAGUGUCUCACUUCGUCUCUGCCGUCAACACCGUUGCCUGUGUUUCUUUGGCCGUCGGCUACCCAACCUUGCCAUCUGUUGGCCACUCUGUUGUCAACAACUACAAGGACUUGUUGGCUGUUGCCCUUGCCUCCAACUACAUCUACCCAGAGAUCGAGGAGUUGGCUGACAGAAUCGAAAACCCAGACAAGUACGCCUCUGCUGCUCCAGUUGCCGCUGCUGCCUCCUCUGAAGCUCCAGCUGAGGAAGCUCCAGCUGAAGAAGAAGACGAGUCUGACGACGACAUGGGUUUCGGUUUGUUCGAUUAA